UUGCUUGGUUUUCACAGGGCUGCUUCUGAAGAAAGAAGAAUGGCGUUCAGCAAAGGGUUUCGGAUUUAUCACAAAUUGGAUCCUCCACCUUUCAGCCUCAUAGUGGAAACGAGGCAUAAGGAAGAAUGUCUCAUGUUCGAGUCUGGGGCUGUGGCCGUGCUCUCAUCUGCAGAAAAAGAGGCAAUCAAGAGUACAUACUCCAAAGUACUAGAUGCAUAUGGACUCUUAGGUGUUUUACGAUUGAAUCUUGGUGAUACUAUGCUACAUUAUCUGGUCUUAGUCACUGGAUGUAUGUCUGUUGGAAAAAUUCAAGAAUCUGAAGUUUUCCGAGUUACUUCCACUGAAUUUAUAUCACUACGGGUUGAUUCUUCAGAUGAGGAUCGGAUUUCUGAAGUACGAAAAGUUUUGAAUUCAGGAAACUUUUAUUUUGCAUGGUCUGCAUCUGGAAUCAGUUUAGACCUGAGUCUUAAUGCUCAUCGAAGCAUGCAAGAACACACAACUGACAAUAGAUUUUUCUGGAAUCAAUCUCUGCACUUGCAUCUCAAGCACUAUGGUGUGAAUUGUGAUGACUGGUUGUUACGCCUCAUGUGUGGAGGAGUGGAAAUCAGAACAAUCUAUGCUGCUCAUAAACAGGCAAAGGCUUGCCUCAUUUCCAGACUAAGCUGCGAACGAGCUGGGACCCGAUUUAAUGUCCGGGGAACAAAUGAUGAUGGUCACGUUGCUAAUUUUGUAGAAACAGAACAGGUUGUGUACUUAGAUGAUGCGGUUUCUUCCUUCAUACAAAUCCGGGGAUCUGUCCCUCUGUUCUGGGAGCAGCCAGGAUUGCAGGUGGGGUCUCAUCGUGUCCGUAUGUCAAGGGGAUUUGAAGCCAAUGCACCUGCUUUUGAUAGGCAUUUUAGAACUCUUAAGAAUUUGUAUGGCAAACAAAUUGUAGUAAAUUUGCUUGGAUCCAAGGAAGGUGAACAUAUGCUAAGCAAAGCUUUCCAGAGCCAUUUGAAAGCGUCUGAACAUGCCACCGACAUCCACAUGGUGAAUUUUGACUAUCAUCAAAUGGUUAAAGGAGGGAAGGCAGAAAAAUUACAUAGCAUUCUUAAACCACAGGUCCAGAAGUUUCUAGAUUAUGGAUUUUUUUAUUUCAAUGGAAGUGAAGUUCAAAGAUGCCAGAGUGGUACAGUUCGAACAAACUGCUUGGAUUGUCUUGACAGAACAAAUAGCGUGCAAGCUUUCUUUGGCUUAGAGAUGCUAGCUAAACAGUUGGAAGCUCUGGGCUUAGCUGAAAAGCCUCAGCUGGUUACCCGUUUUCAAGAAGUGUUUCGGUCCAUGUGGUCUGUGAAUGGCGACUCAAUCAGUAAAAUAUAUGCAGGCACUGGCGCUCUGGAGGGUAAAGCAAAGUUAAAAGAUGGUGCACGUUCUGUUACUAGAACAAUUCAGAAUAACUUCUUCGACAGCUCCAAGCAAGAGGCCAUUGAUGUUCUGCUCCUGGGGAACACUCUAAACAGUGACUUGGCUGACAAAGCUCGAGCACUUUUAACUACUGGAAGCUUGCGUGUAUCUGAACAGACAUUACAGUCAGCAUCUUCUAAAGUUCUAAAGAACAUGUGUGAGAAUUUCUACAAGUAUUCGAAGCCCAAGAAAAUCCGAGUGUGUGUCGGAACGUGGAACGUGAACGGCGGGAAGCAGUUCCGCAGCAUAGCCUUUAGGAACCAGACUCUCACCGACUGGCUUCUCGAUGCGCCCAAGUUAGCUGGCAUCCAGGAGUUCCAAGAUAAAAGAAGUAAACCAACUGACAUAUUUGCAAUUGGUUUUGAAGAAAUGGUGGAGUUAAAUGCCGGAAAUAUUGUGAAUGCCAGCACCACAAAUCAGAAGCUCUGGGCUGUGGAACUUCAGAAAACCAUCUCCAGAGACAACAAGUACGUGCUGCUGGCCUCUGAGCAACUGGUGGGCGUCUGUCUGUUUGUCUUUAUCAGACCACAGCACGCUCCUUUUAUCAGGGAUGUUGCAGUUGAUACAGUGAAGACUGGGAUGGGAGGGGCAACUGGAAACAAGGGAGCAGUUGCCAUCCGGAUGCUGUUCCACACCACAAGCCUUUGCUUCGUCUGCAGCCACUUUGCUGCAGGGCAAUCACAGGUCAAAGAGAGAAAUGAAGAUUUCGUAGAAAUAGCACGGAAGUUGAGUUUUCCUAUGGGAAGGAUGCUGUUUUCCCAUGACUAUGUAUUUUGGUGUGGUGAUUUCAACUAUCGAAUCGAUCUCCCUAAUGAAGAAGUUAAAGAACUCAUAAGACAGCAAAAUUGGGAUUCUCUUAUAGCAGGAGAUCAGCUUAUCAAUCAGAAAAAUACUGGGCAGAUUUUUAGAGGAUUUUUAGAGGGAAAAGUAACCUUUGCACCGACAUACAAGUAUGAUUUAUUUUCUGACGACUAUGACACUAGUGAGAAGUGCCGCACCCCUGCCUGGACAGACCGUGUGUUGUGGAGGAGGAGGAAGUGGCCUUUUGAUAGAUCAGCUGAAGAUUUAGAUCUCCUAAAUGCUAGUUUUCAAGAUGGAAGCAAAAUUCUCUACACGUGGACGCCUGGCACUUUGCUGCACUACGGAAGAGCUGAGCUCAAGACAUCAGACCACAGGCCUGUCAUUGCCCUGAUUGAUAUAGAUAUAUUUGAAGUUGAAGCUGAAGAGAGGCAAAAAAUUUAUAAAGAAGUAAUUGCUAUUCAGGGGCCACCAGACGGUACCGUGUUAGUCUCAAUCAAAUGUUCUUCACCAGAACAUAAUUUUUUUGAUGAUGCUUUGAUUGAUGAACUUCUGCAGCAGUUUACAACUUUUGGUGAAGUAAUACUCAUAAGAUUUGUAGAAGAUAAAAUGUGGGUUACAUUUUUGGAGGGGAGCUCUGCCUUGAGCGUCCUCAGCCUGAAUGGUAAAGAGUUACUGGGUCGAACCAUAACUAUUACUUUAAAAAGUCCAGACUGGAUCAAAAAUCUGGAGGAAGAAAUGAGCUUAGAGAAAAUCAGUGCUCCACUGCCGUCAUCCACAAGCUCCACCCUCCUUGGGGAAGAUGCGGAGGUCGCAGCAGACUUUGACAUGGAAGGAGACGUGGAUGACUAUAGUGCUGAAGUCGAGGAAAUUCUUCCUCAGCAUCUCCAGCCAUCUUCAAGUUCUGGCCUUGGCACUUCCCCGAGCUCCUCACCCCGGACCAGUCCCUGCCAGUCACCUACAAUAUCAGAGGGUCCUCUGCCUUCCCUUCCCGUGAGGCCAAGCCGAGCUCCGUCAAGAGCCCCUGGGCCCCCAGCUUCGCAAGGUUCUCCGGUUGAUGGCGCGCCGGCAGCACAGCAGCAGAAAGACCCCUCCCAGGUCUUGGAGCCCAAGCGCCCCCCUCCGCCUCGGCCAGUUGCUCCACCUGCACGGCCUGCCCCCCCGCAGAGACCACCUCCGCCUUCAGGGGCUAGGAGUCCUGCACCUGCUAGAAAAGAGUUUGGAGCCCCCAAAAGUCCUGGAACGACACGGAAAGAUAAUAUAGGACGCAGCCAACCUUCACCCCAAGCAGGACUUACAGGCCCAGGACCUGCUGGAUACAGUGCGGCCAGACCGACCAUUCCGCCCCGCGCUGGUGUGAUCAGCGCCCCACAGAGCCAGGCUCGGGCCUCCGCUGUAAGACUGACUCCUGAAAGCCAAAGCAAACCGUCAGAAGCACCGAAAGGUUCGGCUUUUCUUCCUGAACCACUGAAGCCUCAGGCUGCCCUUCCCGUGCAGCCUUCUCUGCCCUCACCUGUUCAGAAGAUGCAGGAACCCCUGGUCCCCACAGCAGCACCUCUGCCUCCAUCUGCACCCCAGCCGAACCUGGAAGCCCCUCCCCAGCCCCCGCCUCGCAGCAGGUCCUCCCACAACUUGCCUUCAGAACCUUCAUCGCAGCCGCAAGUGAAAACAAAUGGAAUCUCCACUGGCCAGUUGAAAUCACCACUAAAGAUUGACCCAUUUGAAGACCUGCCAUUUAAUCUGCUUGCUGUAUCAAAAGUUCCGUUACCUGUUCCAGUGCCCCCUGUGCUGACCUCAAGCCCAGAGGAAAUGGUCCAUUUGCCUUCUGCAACACAAAGCAACAUUAACACUUUGAGUUCUGUGAGUUGCAUGUCUGCACUGCCUCCCAUUCCAGCCCGGAGUAAAUCCCAGGAAAGUACUCGAGGUUCUCCAAACUCAUUUCUUGCUGGUGCAACCAGCACCAAUCCCUUCACAGACAGGACUGUCACGCCCGGAAACCCAUUUCGAGCCCAGCCUCAAGAAUCAGACGCAGCUUCGUGUUUCUGCAGGGAUGACACUAACAGUCCUUUCUCUUCUCUGAAGCCUUUUGGUCAUAACGAAAGCAAGCCUUCAUCUUCACUUGCUGGCUGUAAGGACAGUUUGGAACUACAAACCCAGUCUGCAGUAAAAACUAGCAACCCAAAAGGAUGGGUGACCUUCGAAGAAGAAGACUUUGUGAAAGGGAAGUCGAAGUCAGCUUGUGCACACUUACUGGGUAGUCAGUCAGGUUCAUUUUCUGGCUCCAGCGUGACCUUUGAUGAUGCCUGGAACAGAGGUACAGACUUUUCUUUCUGUGCAUUACCAGCAAGAAGGGCACCACCACCACCUCUUCCUCCCCUCCCCCCUGGCACCUCCCCGCCAGGCGAUCCAUUCACAACCGCAGCCUCCAAGGCCUCGUCCACACCAGACUUCACAGAAAGAUGACACUGUGCGAUGGAAAAGAGCUUUUUUCUAUUGGGGUGGGGUAGAGCCCCAAAGCUGGGCAUUUGCUAUUCCUUUUGUGCAAUAUGUCAUUGUGAGGGCACUGAAGUCCUCGUGAAAUACCACUAUUUAAUGUGUACAGAGUUGGAAUAUGUGUAUAUUGGAAAUAAGGGAAAAUCCUCAUGAUUAACUGGAGUUCUCGGUGUGUCUGUUUGGAUAAACAAGAGAGUAGUAGCCAUAAAAAGUGCUCAAAACUGCUUUAGAAAAUAGUCCUUGUUCAGAAAUUCUUUGUCUGUCUUCUCUAAAGAAUCUCAAAAAAGCCCAAACAACUAGUUGUCACUACUGCCAGCCCUUUUCUACUUGUUAACAAUUGGUAUUUAUCAAUAUUUACCAAAGAGCUAUCAAAGUAAUACUGAAACCGAUUUUUGAGAGGCACUGCUUUGAAAACCAGUGUGUCUACAUACGGACUUACAUAUUGGUAAAACGCAUACUUUUAAGUCUAGGAUGUAACUCAGACCAGUUUUUUUCCUAAAAGUUCUAACAAAGUUCUUUUUCCAGUAUUUCAAAAGGAUGGCUGUAAAUGCAAUUUGAACAAUUUGUUAAUUUUCUUCUCAAAACUGAGUAAUUCUCGACACCGCCACACAGCCCCUUCAAACACGCGCAUCACGCACGCAUCACGCACGCAUCACGCAUCACGCGUCCCGUCUCCGCCCGCAUCUCGUGUGCUCUUCUCGCCAGGGCUUUGUGGGCUGGAAGCCCGCAGUUGUGGUGACUGUCUGGGAGGCAGACACUGCAGGCCUUGCGCAGCAGCACUGGUCUGCCAGCAAGACACAAGCGGGGUUCAGGGGGAAAUACGAAAGCUAAACGUGCCCCCCUCCCUCCAUCCCCUCAGGUCCAUAGCGCCCUUGGUCCCGCCCACACUUUCCUUCUCUCCCGCUGCUUUCACUCUGGCGCCUCUGGCUGGGAAAGCAGCACCCUGGAGUGCUUUGAAUGGGGGGGGUCUACUGGUGUGAGCCCACCCUCCCGGGCUGAGUAGCACAGCGCCACACUGCUUUCCUCUUUAGAGGCUACACCUCAGACUAGCUGUGGAUUUUAUCUCCUGCACUGCCAAUAUGCAACUGUUCCUGCUUUUGUUAAUUUUAUGAAGUACACAGGAUUUCUACAGAAUGUAGUAUUUUGAUAUCAUUAAGUAAUCCCAAUCAGAAAACUCCUUGAGCAAUAGUUGUUUUGUUGUCAGUUUAAGUUAAAACCAUCCUUCCCCAUUGCAACUUAUAGACACAUUCCUUUUAUAUAAAAAGUUGUAAAGGCCCACCUAAAUUCCUAUGUCUACAUUUACCCUUUAAAGAUGUGCAUUGGGGGGAAAGGAGUUUCAGAAAAUGGAGUUCGCAGCUAAGGAUACAUUAAUGUACAAGCACAGCAAACUGCAUUGCACUUAACACAUGAAGCAAAUAUAGUAGGAAAAAAGCACUUUUCUAAAUGCUCAAAUGUUAUCAAAAUAUUAUAUUUAUAGAAUUAAUCCUCUCUCUAUUAACAACCAGUAUUUGCUGUUAGAAAUAACCCUUGUGAGUUUUAUAUUGUGCUUUUUGAGGGUUCUAAUCAUUUCAGCAGUAGUAUAUUUUAAACUGCAGUAUUACGAUAAGCUUCAAAAUGUGAAUUGUUGAAACUAUGGCUUUAACAUCUGUGACUAGUGUAUAUGGUAUUAGCAAAGUCGUUCAUUCUAAACUUCACUAGUGAGUGAAUCUCACAGAUCUGUGAGCAGUGUUUCCUAUCGGAUUUAAACUACUGUCUACAAUCUACAUAUCAUGCAGCAGCUCGGCCUUUAUCAGGAAAGUUAUAUUUGGCAAGUUGCUGAACAUGCACAAAGUUCUGAGAGCUAAAGAGAGGCUGCAAAGAACUAGCCAUUAUUCUGUGUAUUAGUAAAACUUUUACCAGAUCUGUUCAAAACAGAACAGAAAUUAGACACUAAGGAUCUCUUUGUGAAAUCUUGGUUCUCUCUAGUAGAUUGCUGUUUAUAUGUAAGAAUUUUAUUGCUUAUGUGGCAUACAAUAUUUAUAACUAUAUACUUUAUAGAAGUACAGUAUUAAAGUCAGUGGUAUACAAACAAAAUCUGUACAUAUCCUGUGAAGUGUGCUGUCCUAUGAAAUAAAUAUACCUGUCUUUACCAUAUUAA